AUCCGAGUGAAGUUUUCGAACGCAGCCAUAAUCGACUUAACCUAAUUUUUCGUUACAUAUCUUUUUUUAUAUAAAAAAAAAAAAUAGAAGCUGUGUGCGAGCGUGAAUCGGACAGCAGCCUAAAUUGUUUUGAAAUCAAUGCAUUGUUGUUGCAGAACAUAAUCAUAAUAGAGGAGGGCCUUCCGGGGCAUUAGGGCCAUUUUUAAGAAGAAGAAGUAGAAGAAGUAACAGGAAUGCAUAUAUCAUAAAUAAUAAUAUAUUAUAAAUAAAAUACAUUGAGAGACUCAAAUGUUCUCCAGUAAGGCCAGGUUAAUAAAACGCACAGGGAAGAAUCCUAUUGGGCGUUAUGAUUUUUUAAAGCUAUUGGCCACUGAAUAUAAUACAACGUCGUCUAAAGACGCGCAGGAGCAAGUAUUGGCAAACUUAGCGAACUUUGCCUAUGACCCUGUAAACUACGGAUACAUAAGGCAGCUAAAAGUAAUCGAUAUAUUUCUCAACGCCUUGUCCGAAAGCAAUCCAAAGUUGGUACGUUUCGGUGUCGCUGGUCUUUGCAAUUUAUGUUUAGAUGCAAUAAAUAAGAUAUACAUCCUGCGUAAUCGAGGUGUCGAGUUAGUAUCAUCGUUACUUUUUUCUGAAGAUGAGGAAAUCUUGCUCACAACAAUUACUACCUUGAUGUUCUUGGUCACAUCUGAGUCGGUAGAGGAGAUAACAUCGCCCAAAAUAAUUAAACGCAUAACUUCCAAAAUAAGAUCGUUUGCCGAUACAACAAUGAACAAUCUGAGAGAGGGAGACCAAGUGUCAGUUUUAAAAGUGAUAACAAAUGACGACAUACUUAAGUUUGCUGAAUUGACAGGCGAUCAUAAUCCGAUACACACUGAAUCAGCAAGAAAUAUUGCGCAUGGUGCUUUGCUUAACGGCCUAGUGUCAGGCUUAAUUGGUACAAAGUUACCUGGUGCAGGUACCAUAGUUAUUGAACAAAAUCUCACGUUUCCUAAACCGUGUUAUGCUGGCGAUACUGUAGAAGUCAUAGUAAAAAUUACAUCGGUCAAAAUGUAUUUAACAUUAGUGAUGGCUCUUUGCAUAUCGUAUUCUUAUGCAGAAAGUAAUAGUACUGUUACAAGUACUAUUAAGCCACAAUAUAAGUCCUCAAAUACAAAAGAACAGCCAACCGGCUGCGUCUGUGCCGUAUUCUUAAGCGGACAAUUCAAAAAAGGCAGCAAGGAGCAACCUAAAGGAUAUCCUGCACUUCUCCAUGAACAUCCCGAUCCGCUUCCAUGUAAUACUGUUGGGAACAAACUUUGCGUCAACAAAUGUCUCGAUGCUAUAGUGAAACAUUUACCAAAUAGUCCAGCAAUUCUCUGUGCUUCUAUAGAUCGUGAUUGUCACAAAGAAAGGGCUUAUCUCUUUAUCAAGAAUUGCAAAGAUGAGUGGACAAAUACGAAUCUGUCAGCCGGUAGAGAAUAUUGCUGUAAAGAUGGCACGCCAUAUAAGUGUUGAUUAACGUAUAUUUAUAGGAUAGCAUCUCUGUAAGACAACUUAUAGUUUGUAACUUUGGCAAUUCUAAUAGCAAUUUCUAAUAAAUGCAUUAACUUGA